AGUUCUUCCCAACAAAACAUUUCAGGAAAGAGUAGAAUCUCACAUGAAGUGCUGCUAGUGAAAGAGGCAGAGAAUAGAAGCACCACAUUUCAUCAGAUGAACUGAAAGCAGCACUUGAUACAUGCGUCACCAUGUUGAGACUACCGUUCCUCUUCUGUUCAUUCCAGAUUUUCUUGACUGUGAAAUCAGGCGCUCAUUCUCUGUGGGCUCUUUCCACCCUCAUCAUUGGAGACACUCCGUUCCCAGAGUUCAUCACAGUGGGGAUGCUAGAUGACAUCCAAGUAUUCUAUUACGAUUCAAAUGUGAACAACUUGAGAAAUCAACCGUCUAAACACACUGAAUGUAUUACACAAGAAGCUGCUAACCUUGUCUUCGGAGACCUGUAUAGACGUGUAAAAAAUAUAGCCUUGUUCUCAAAACACCAACUUAACCUGACAGGUGGAAUACACAUCCAGCAGGAAUGGUCUGGUUGUGAGCUAUUAGACGGUGGCAUCCCUGGUCCACUGCUAUCUCGAGGUGCUUUUAACGGAGUGGAUAACGCAGAGUGGCAGUUCAGUCUGCACCAGAAAACUCUACGGUCUGAAGGUUUAUGGUCCACAGUGUGGAAUCAUAUUGAAGCAAAUACUCAUGAGUUACUGUGUGCAAAUGUAUACGGCCCAGUUUGUAUUAAAGCCCUGAAGAAUUGCCUUCACAAUAAGAAGAACGAGGUGAUGAGAAAAGUGAAGCCCAGAGUCAGGCUCCUCCAGAAGACACUCCCAGACUCCAAAGGGGCCAAAGUGACCUGUCUGGCCACUGGUUUCUACCCCCGUCACAUCAACCUGACCCUGCUCAGAGACGGCCAGUCUGUGUCUGACCACCAGAUCAUUGGGGGGGAGCUGCUACCUAAUGGAGAUGAGACGUAUCAGAUGAGGAAGAGUCUGGAGGUCAGCGCAGAGGAACUACAGCAUCACCACUACACCUGCACAGCUGAACACCUCAGCCUGGACAACAAGCUGGACAUUGGCUUAGAGCGUGAGUGGGAUUCAGGAGCAACAACCAUAUUGUCAUCUGUGACGGCUGUGGCAGUGCUGGUGUGUGUGGUUGGAGCCACCUGUGCCGUCAUUAUAUGGUGGAGGAGGAGACGCACAGGUCAGGCAUCACAGUCGAGUGCCUACACGUCUGUUCUAAGAUGACAAUCUGCCAAUCAGGGGAGACACAGGACACACUAUGGCAAACACACCUUUUAUUUCUGCAAAGACAGACAGCCCAAUCAGAAG